AUGACAGACAAACGUACUAGACUCGAUCCCGAUCGACUCAAUAAACUCAUUUUUCUUCGCAAAAAUCUUCAAUCAUUGAAAAAAUUAGAUGAAAAAAAGAGCGAAGGUCAUAAACGAAAGUCAUUUUAUGAAUGUGAGUCCGGUAAUGACGAUGAAGGUGAACAAAUUACACCUUUGAUAUCGAAGAAACAUCGAAUCGAAGAUCACGAUACUGGAUCAAAUGAAUAG